UUUCAGGACGGACGCUAGCGGUUUUGUGAGAAAUUAUUAUUGCUAUUUUGUUGUCGACAUUCAAUUUUCAGAUAUUUACCUGUGUAUUUUCAUGCUUGAGGAUGGGAAAAUGUUGAAUGGAAAUGAUUGAUUCGAAAAAAUCAAAGAAAAGGUAACACAUAAAUUUACUUCGAGCCUCUAAAGAUAGAGCUGGGGAGGCUCUUUAAAAUUGAUCAAAAUGAGUGAAAAUUCAGGACAAGUCGAUCUAAAUAAUAUUUGUCGUUCAUGUAUGGGAACAAAUGAAAAUAUGCAAAAUGUUUUCGAGGAUAAAGAAUAUUUCAAGGAUAACAAACUGCAAUUAGCUGAAAUGCUAAUGGCUUGUACCUCAGUUCAAGUUACCAAUGAAGAUGGACUGCCUAAUUUAAUGUGUUCAUCCUGUGAGAAUAAACUGAUUACAGCUUAUGAUUUCAAGCAACUGAGUGAGAAGUCUGAUUUGUUAUUACGAGAAUUGUUAAAAUCAUUGCCUGAAGAAAACAAUGUCAAGGAGGAGAGAAUAAUAAUACAACCUGAACUGGGUAAUGAGCCUUCAAAUGAAAAUGAGGAUGAUGAUUAUGAUAAUGAUUUUGACAACGAUGUAAAUACUGCUCUAGAAGUAGACGAUCGAGAUUAUUCAGAUAGUGAUUUUGAAGAUCCUGAAUCUAAAAAGGCAAAGAAGCCUAAGCAUAAAUAUAUAUGUACUCAGUGUGAUAAAGUUUUUCGUUCUAAGAAAGGUUUGAAAAUUCAUGAAAGGAAACAUGGAGAUAAUGCAAAGGUUCUCAAAAAAGAGAAUAAGGAAAUUAGAAAAACAAGGUCUUCUAAGGAUUCUUCAGAAGAUAUCAAGGAAGAAAUCAAAAUUGAAGAAAUGGAAAUUGAUGCGAUGUUGAAGGAAAAAACUAGCGAAGAUGAACAAGAAAUUCCUUUGGAAGUUGAAAUUACUCAGGAGAGCAGAGUAGAAUAUGAAUGUAAUAUUUGCUCUAAAAAAUUCAGCUCUCCAACAGGCUUAAAAAUCCAUAUGCGAACACAUACUGCUGACAGUGUGUUACCAUGUGAGGUAUGUAAUAAGACUUUUUCUAAAGCAAGUCAUUUGAAACGUCAUCAACAAACUCAUGGAAUAGUAGAAACAAAGGAAAAGAAGCUACUUCAGUGUGAAUUCUGCGAUAGAACUUUCAAAUAUCGUAAGAGUUUCAAUCAUCAUAUGCAGUCUGAACAUGGAAUAGAUGGCGAUGAUAGUGAUGUUUGUUUAUCAACUAUUGCAGAGAAAGUUAAGAAAGAAAAUGAAGAUAAGGGAAAUCCUAGUAGUGCAGAAAAUGAUGGGGAUUGUGAUGAAAUCAUCACAUUGGAAAAAGACGAAGAAGGUGUUGUACCAGCUUCUGAGAAAAAACGCCCCCCCAAAGUCCAUACGUGUCACGUUUGUCAGACUGAGUUCAGCAGGGCCAACCACCUGACCCGUCACAUGAUCCUGCAUCGCGCUGUUCUCGUACACAAGUGCACACAGUGCGACAACGCUUACGCGACCGAGGAGCAUCUGAAGAAACACGUUGAAGAGGGACACGUUAAUAAGCCAUACGCUUGCACGAUGUGCAACAAGCAAUUCAGCAGGGGAGAGCACUUGAUAAGGCAUUUAAAGACGCAUCAGAACACCAGCGAGGAGGAUUUGAAGUGUGCCAUCUGCGAGAAAACGUUUACAAGGUCUGAUCAUCUGGCCAGACACACCAAGGUUCAUCUUCUGCAAGAUAAGAGGCAUGUGUGCUCCGAUUGCGGGAAGGCUUUCAACAGACUGGAUAACUUGAAAACCCAUCAGAGAAUACACACGGGAAUCAAAGAUCCAUCAAAACUUCACUUGUGUAUUUAUUGCGGAAAAGAAUUCAAUAACUCGAGUAAUAUGAUCGUCCACAUGAGGAGGCACACCGGAGAACGUCCCUACAAAUGUGGCCAGUGCGGCAAAGGUUUUCCGAGAUCUCAUGACCUGAAAUGCCACGAACGUACACACUCAGGCGAAAAACCGUAUCUUUGUACGUUGUGCGGAAAAUCCUUCAACAAGAGCAACAAAUUGCUGAGACACACUCGAGUACACACGGGAGAGAGGCCCUACGUCUGCAGUAUCUGCGGACGAGCGUUUACCCAAUCCAACGAUCUAGCCUUGCACAUGAGGAGACACACCGGCGCCCGACCCUACGGUUGCGGCAUGUGCCCCGCCCGAUUCAUCCAGUCGGGACAGCUGAAGGCGCACAGGAGGUCGACCGGGCAUUGGGUAGAAACGCCGCCCGAUCUGAAGGGGGGCCACAGGGUGGAACCGGUUACUCCGCUGUUGGAUCCCAUUCCCGUCAGGUUCCGGACGAAGCCCAAGAUGGAGGACGAGAAACCUCCACCGCAGAUGAUAAAUCACAUCCAGCCUGUUCCCCAACAAGAGAUGAUGAACAAUUACCAGAUGGUGUCGGUGGUACCGUGUCCUCCGAAGCUGAUAGGGCUCGGAUUGUCGCCGGAGACAAUAGCAGCAAUGGCGCCGCGACCUGACGCAGCGGACCACAAUAAUUUACCGGCCGAUAUGAAACUCAAAAUGGAGAACACGGAAAAGGAGAACCAAACAAUGGCGGAAACUUCGUUCCACCAUGACGCGUUCGCGUUGCAGAAAGGUUACUUUCCGAAUUACAUGUAGCUGUCCGACUUCCAUAGGAAUUUUAGCUAGGUACGGUAGAAAGGGAGGUUCUGUGAAAUUUGGCAAUCGGGAUCCGAGUUUCGGGUGAAUCAACGUUACAGGAUUCCUUCUUAAAUCAAACUGGUUGGUUGAUGAAUAUGAAUUAUCAUUGGCAGCUGAGCCAUGCAGAUUUGUCCAUUCGAUUAUUUUGUAAUAUCUUCCUAUUAGUAUCGGGAUCAUUAGUAGACUUCGUUCAAAACUUGUGUAUAAAUGUAUGUUUAUACGCUAUCUAGUAUAAUUACUUUGAAUCAUUCUAUCGCUGCAAAAAAUAUGUUGGUGAAAUUAUUAAAACAGAUAUUGCCAAAUUUCCCAAGACAGAACACAUGUAUUAUCGUAACUGUAUUACUUAGAGAUAUUUAUAAUAUUAAUUUAGUUACUUUCAUGGACUUCACUGCUUUAAGUAUAAGUGUAAAGAGAUUAAGGUCAUUGAUCAACGCUUCGAAUAUUUUUAAUUAGUUGAAUAUUCAAAUGUAGUUGUAUAUUUUGAUGUCAUUUAUUUUAGGAUUCAUCCUUUAAUUUAUUCCUUAAGUAUUCAUUGAAAUUUAUUAUUCAUAGUGAAUAUUUAUUACAUCACCUUCCAGUCUUUCACACUUUGCUUCCGUUCACUGCUGAAAAUAUAAAUUUAUCGAAAUGAUAUUGUAAUUUGUGUGAAUUUGUAGCUGCAUUAGUGGAAAAAAUUUUGUGAUUGAUUAUUUUGAAUGAUUCUCAUCGAAAUGGAAAAAAAGCAUCACAAGUUUACAUUUUUUGUAAAUUUAGCAUAUUAACGAAUCUAGAGUUUUUCCAUUUGUACUUUUUUAGUUGACUGCAUAUUGAAAUCUGUGUACAUUUGUAAAUAUUUUUAAAUUAUAUAUUGUCAUACGUAGUAUUUGAUUCAAAUAAAAA